AUGGUCAAACAUGCUAAAUCCCAUCCGAUCAUGAAAUGUUCUCGGGAUGGUGAUAUCCGAUCUCUCAACGUACUGCUAUUGCACUCGGGAAAUAGUAGCAAUAGUGCUUCUCCGUCUUCUACAACCAACAUUCCGAAUACAGCAACGAUCAUGACAGGUACAACCUUUACAUUAAAUUCACCUCGAAAUGCUGCAGAUACAAUCAUCAUGCCAACUUCCACUUCAACGCCUUCAUUGAUGAUGUAUAAUCAUCAUUCCUAUCAUCUCGGAGGAGGAUCAUUGAGUGCUGGGAAUACACUUGUUUCUGCACAUUCGAAUAGUGCCAAUGCUGUUCAACAAUUGCAGAAUUUACAUUCAUUGGUGAAUUAUGUGGAUGAAGAGGAUACUCCAUUAAUGAUGGCAUGUCGACAUGGAAAUUUUCAAAUUGCUCAAACGCUAUUAGAACAUGGAGCGAGCGUAGAAAUGGAGUCAGCAUAUGAUGGCUAUCCACUCCACAUUGCCGUGUUAGGAAAAAAUUUGAAUAUUGUCAUGUUGUUAGUGGAACAAUAUCAUGCCAAUAUUCAACAACCUUCAAGAUAUUAUAAUGAAACACCACUUUUUGUUUCAGUAGCCAACAAUAAUUUACCCAUAGCAAACUACUUGAUUGAGAAAGGAGCAAAUGCUGAUUAUUGUAAUUAUGUAAGUAUUCGUCAUACUUUGAGUCACAAAGAAAUAUAUUUCGAAAAGAAUGGACUUUGUUGCCUACAUUUAGCGUGUUCCAGUAAUAACGAAGCAAUGGUAAAACUCUUGUUGGAGCAAGCAAAGGCCAAAGUGAACAUCAUGUCAUCACAAAAUGACGUCAAGGAAAGAAGCUCUCCCUUGAUGAUUGCUUGUCGAAAUGGUAAUACGCGAAUUGUUAAUUUAUUAUUGGAGCACUACGCAAAAGUGGAUAUUUAUGAUCAUAAAGGACAAACUCCUCUUCACAUUGCAGCAAAGCUUGGACAUUUCGAUAUUGUGAAAAGUCUACUUCGUCAUUGUGCCGAUAAAAACAAGAAAGAUUCAGAAGGGAAAACAGCGGCCAAUGUCUCAAAAACUAGAGAUAUUGAGGAAUACAUACGACACUUUUCCAAAAAGAAUACCCAAAUUUAUGCCAAACUGAAAAAGGCGUAUGAAUAUUAUGAAAAAUUACUUUUCAGCAAUGACAAUGACGUGUUAUUGAAAUCGAACGAAUUAUUUAAACCUCUCAAUAGAGAGCAAGUGAACUACAAUUUACUCAUUGAUUGUAUCAAUUUUAAAAGAAUGGAAUUGAAGGAAGAAUGUGGUCCAACCGAAUUAGAAUCACGCUUUCAGGAAUAUAUUUAUAAUUUAGGUUACAACUCUUUCAAGUUGGGACUAAAACCAAUUCUCAAACUUCUCAUUCAACACUUUAAACUGGUACCUAUUGAGCUGCAUAAGAGAAAUCCGAAUCAAGUGGAUAUUACUUCUAACUUGUAUGAUUACUGUGUGAAUGUCAUGAAUAAUAUUAACAAGAAACAAUUAUUUGUCAAGUACAAGAAUAAUAGAAUACGUAUGGAAAUUACCACCAAUACGAAACCAAAAGAUUUAAUGGACUCGCUGCGUGAAAACUUUUUCAGUAAUACCAAUCGUUUGUUUUCUAAACAAGAAUUAUUACUUGUCUAUGAAUGUCAAGGUAGAAAUAUUACAGUGAACAAACCUGAAGAAAUGGAAGACAUGUUGAGAUACUUUUUUGACAAGAGAAAUGGUCAUAUUGAUCAGUUUGAAGUAGAACUCAUUUACAAUGAAACAGAAUGGAUACCUGUUCAUGAAUUAGGAAGAGGAACCUAUGGAGUCGUUUACAUGGCUCUUGAUCAAACACCACCCUAUCAGCGAGUUGCUGUCAAAGAAUUCGACAUUAAGAAUGGCGAUAAUACGAAAAUUCCAAAAUGGAAAAUCGAACAAGAGGUCAAAUUAAUGAGCAAAAUUGACCAUCCACACAUUAUCAAAUAUAUAUCGACCAAAUCGACCAGUAACAAGUUUUAUAUCAAGAUGCAAUACAUGUCUGGUGGAAGUUUGAAAUCCAUGAUACACAAAAUAAGUGUUGCAGAAAAGUUGAAAUAUCCAAAAUUAUCAAACUAUCUCAUCCAGAAAUAUGCUUCUCAAAUUCUAAGUGCUCUUGUGUAUUUACAUGAAGGAAGCGAGGCUCGAAGACCCAUCGUGCAUCGAGACAUUAAGAGUUCCAAUAUUUUACUGAAAGAUGUCAAUACAGCUGUAUUGUGUGAUUUUGGUGAAAGUUUGCUUUUGAGGGAUGACAUUUCGAAUAAUAUGAAAUUGACGAAACCAGAAAUUGAAGAGCGUAUUGGAGGAACUCUUCUCUUCAUGGCUCCAGAAAUGUUCAGAAAAAGUGUUCUCAAGAAUGCCAUCUAUUCAGACAUUUGGAGUUUUGGAUGCACACUCUGUGAAUGGAUCAGUGGUAAGAAUCCAUGGGAAGAAACUGGUCUCCUCAAAAUUAAGGAACGAGAAGGUCAAAUUCGUUACAUGCUGCAACAUGCCGAUGAAUUGGAAAAUUACAUUCCAUCGUGUUAUUAUGAUGAAUUGAAGCAACUCAUUCGAAAAUGUUUGAGAUAUCAUCCAACGUCGAGACCAACAGCUCGUCAACUCCUAGACGAACCCUUCUUUAAGAUUAAGUUCGAUGAGGACAAGUAUGUGAUAUUGGAACGAAACUUUAUCAUGAAUGAAAUUCACAAAGAAUUGAAUCAAGCGAUUAAGCGUGUGGAAGAAACCAAACAAGAACAAACAGUCUAUGAACGAACCAUUGAUUUACAAGAAAUGGGACAUCAACACGAUUUGAGCGCCUCAACCUCCUUCUCCUUCCUUACUUCAGAACAUAUGGAUUCAUUGUCUGGAUCUCCAGGAUCUGGCAUUGAUUUACAAGAUGAAGAAUUCUAUCGACAAAGUAUUGCCAAUUCGAAUGGUAUGAGUUUCUCAUCCAUCUCUUCUUCACAAUCUUUCAUGAAUCCAGCAGGAAAUGGUAUAGCGUAUCAGCGAUCAAUGACACCAUCAUCGAGUGUCGGUAGUAGUGCACAUAAUUUUGGAGGUGGAAUCCAUACCAAGAAUCCAUCGCCCAACACGAUGCCACGAGUGAGCUUUUCAGAGAGUUUUCGAGGGAGUUUUGCAAGUACUGGAUCGAAUGCCACGAGUGAUGUCAUUCAACACGAUGGAAGUGAUAUUUUGACAAGUCCUGGCAGUGAGAAUUGA